UAUUUCACUGUGACCAAGCAAUACGUAACAAUACGUACCGGGUAUCAACUUUCAAUAUCUAACUUAAAUCUUUUUUUUAGAUAAAUUAGGAAACUAUGAAUCUUAUUAGACAAAUUAAUUAAGUGUUAACUGUUCGUAGUGCAUAAAUAUAAUAUAAUUAUUUGAAUAAUUAAAAUGGCGACAACGAACUUUUUAUCCGUUAAAACUCAUUUAUCUGAUUUUAAAAGUAAUGCGGACAAAGAUGCAAUGAGCGAGGUAUCGGAAAGUGGUACGAGCAAUUCCGUCGCAUCAGCAGAAGAUGUACAAAAAUUGGCAGUGAUACUCGGUAUAAGCAACAUUGAAGAUGUCUAUCAAGAAAAGUUUCGCGUGGACAGGCGUCGACUGGAAGGAAUGCUGGCAGAAAAUUUGGAGGAAUCACAAACGGCUCAAGCUUUUUUUCAUCGGAUAAUGAGCGAAACAAACACUUUAAUAAACUGGCCGGCUCGAUUAAAAAUUGGAGCGAGAUCAAAGAAAGAUCCUCAUGUACGUAUUGCCGGAAGAGCCGAUGAUGUGAAACGAGCCCGGGAGAAGAUUAUGCAAGUUUUGGACACCAGGAGCAACCGGGUCACAAUGAAGAUUGACGUUAGCUACACGGACCACUCGCAUAUCAUUGGCAAGGGCGGACUGACAAUAAAGCGCGUGAUGGAGGACACGGGCUGCCACAUCCACUUCCCGGACUCGAACCGCACCAGCGCGACUGAGAAGAGCAACCAGGUGUCGAUAGCGGGCGACAUGGAGCGCGUGGAGCGAGCCCGCGCCCGCGUGCGCGCCCUCACACCGCUCGUCUUCAGCUUCGAGCUGCCCAUCGCCGGCGCCGCGCAGCCGCUGCCCGACCUCUCCUCGCCCUACGUGCAGCAGCUGCAGGACCAGUACAACGUCCAGGUGAUGGUGCGCAACCGCUCCAAGCUACACGCCAACAUGAUGGUGGUGAAGGGGGUGCAGUGGGAGGUGCAGGCCACCAUGGAGGCCACCGGUCUCCUCAUGAACUACAUGUGCGGGCCCCUCGCCAGCCAGACGCAGGUGCACAUGAGCCUGGAGAUCUCCCCGGCGCACCACGGCGCGGUGGUGGGGCGCGGCGCGGAGCAGCUGAAGCUGAUCAUGCGCGGCACCGGCACGCAGAUCAUGUUCCCCGACGCCGCGGACCCCAACAUCCCCGCGCUGCGCAAGAGCUGCGUCACCAUCACCGGCCACAUGAAGGACGUCUACGCCGCGCGACAGCAGCUCGUGGGCAGCCUGCCGCUGGUGGUGAUCUUCGACAUGCCGGCGGAGGGCGGGGCGCGGCUGGACGAGGAGGCGGUCGGCCAGCUGAUGCAGAAGCACAACGUGUUCAUCAGCGUGCGCCACAAGCCCAAGCAGGGCAUCGCCUCCGUCAUCAUCAAGGGCAUCGAGCGUUGCGCCAACGACAUCUACGAGGCGCGGCGCGAGCUGCUGGGCGGUAAGGAGCCGGUCAUCACGGCGGAGAUCCCCGAGUCGUACAACAUCCCGGUCCCCACCGGCGCCAUCCCCAACUUCGGCGUCUACAACCCCUUCUCUGUGGGCGCCUCGCCCUGCUCGCCCUACGGCCUGCAGCUGGAGCUGGGCCUGGCCAGCCCCAUGGGCGCCCUGGGCGGCGCUCUGUCGCCCGUCAGCCCGCCCGCGCUGCCGCCCUGGCUGGUCUCGCCGCAGCACCACGCGCCUCUGCACCUGCAGCCCUUGCCGCAGCACAACAACACGCCCCUCGUCUACAAGAACUCGCCUAACUCCUGGAACUCCAUGUGCGCGGGCGCAGACAUGGCCGGCAUGCAGCAGCAGAUGCUGCAGCCCUACCACCAGAUGCCGGACGCGAGGCCCAUAACCCUGAACCAGUUGCUGAACUGCAGCUCGCAGGCGAGCAGCGGCUACCAGAGCAACUUCACCGGCAGCUCCGUCUCCCUCGACGUCAACAACACAUCCGGCGGAGAGGCGAGCAACGUGGCGUCGCCGUCGGUGUCGCCCAUCAGCGCCCACAGCCCCGCGCCCUCCGCCGCCUCCGUACCCUCCGCCUCCGCAGACAACGAGCGCAACCACAAUGAGCUGGCGAGCCUCAUCUCCGGCAUGCCGCUGUCGGCGCGUCGCGCGGUGGGCUGCGAGAAAAAGACACUGCAGACGCUGGCCAGGCUCUCCCCCCUCAUGGACUACCAGGCCAAGCGCGCAGAGGCCGAGAAGGCGAUGCGCGAGUCGGUGAGCGGCGGAUACCGCGUGCCGACUGCGCACUGGGCCGGCAACUACUUCAGCAAGACAUCGCCCGGCGUCCUCACCAACAACGCCAACGGCGAAAACAACACUACGCCUGAGAAGGGUUGGAACAGAUCGGAGCUGGUGCGGCCCAACAUCGUGGAGAUGGUGACACCGCCGAAGAGCGCGCAGUGUGCCGCAACCCCCGCACCCCUCGCGCCCCUCGCGCCCCAGGAGCCCUCCCCGCAGCCCGCGCCGGCCAAGCUGUGUCGCUACCAGCAGCUGUACGAGCUGCUGCGAGACAUCGGACUAUACAAAUACGUCGAUCUGUUCAAAAAGCACGAGCUGGACAUGUCGACGUUCGCGUCGCUGAACGAGGCCGACCUCGUCGAGAUAGGAGUCACCGCCUUCGGCGCCCGCAGGAAGAUGCUGCUGACCAUCGCCGAGCUGCAAAAGCAAGCGGCGGCGUUCAAGAGCGGGGCGACUCCUGGCGGCGCUGGCAGCGGCGAGCGGCAGCUGGUGCACUCGCCGCAGUACGACCUGCAGCCGCUGCAAGACAACUGGUAACACACCGUCGCUUGCCGACGAUCACCUCGCAUUGAACGCACGUUCGAUGCGAAAUAUUAAAUCAACCUCUAAGCAAUUUCAUGACCAAAAAAUUAUAAAAUGCAUCUAGUGUUGCCAUAUAAAUGGCAUAAAAUUGAUCAUUUCUCUUUCUUUGAUUUGGUGUUUUUUUUUUAAAUAAAAUUUGUAAACGUUCCAGAAUGAUGUUGACCGUUAUGUAUGUUAUGUAUGUACCUAUGUAAUGUAUUGAUAGGCAAUAUGAAUGUAACGAUUGCAAGGUCACCUCUUGAUUGCUACUCUAAUUGUAAUACGUAUUAUAACGAGGCUGGAGAGUGACCUGCAGCGGGCACGUGCUCACUUCACAAAUUGUAUAAAUUGUAUGAGCAAGGAAGCGGAUCAUCUUGCCCUUUUUUGUUUAAAAGAAGUUGAUCGAAUUGUUUACGGUUUUAAUUUGUGAGACAAUGGCAUGGAAUGCUCCCCGGCCGCCAUUGUCACGCCACUUUAUUGUAACUUUGUUUAAUUCUUAAGAGAUUUUAUAAUAUAAGUUUACGUAUUUUAAAUGUUUGUGAUAGCUGAAAGCGUUGCGACGAUUUGAUCCUCAACGUAGACUCGUAGACUCGUAGAAUUGUUGAAGUAAACGGGCUUAGAGCCUCCCUGUUAAUUUUAAGUUUUUAAUUUUAUUUUCGAUAAAUUUUAGAGCAUGUUUUAUUUUUUGAUUAUAAUAUAUAUUUUAGUGGUAUCCCAGCAUAUGGAGAUGCCAUUUUAACUGAUUAUUGCCUUAGCGAUUUUUAAUAUUUGAUUAUUGAGCCGAAUUCAAGUUUUGUCGUAUUUUUACAACUUUUAUCGAUUUCAGACCAAUGUAAACAUCACUUUUGAUUUCAUAUUUGAUAGAAUAUGAUAUUCAAAGAGACGUAGGCAUUGGCAGUGACCAAUGAUCGACAUAUCUAAAUAUUGUAGACAUUCGGACGGCAUAUGAGAACAUUUUUGACUUUGUAUUAAACUAAGACUAGAAUCGAAUCAUCACGAUGAAAUCAGCGGAGAGGGCGUGCUGACGUCACACGCGCGGGCGCCGGCGCCGGCACCGACACUUCGCCUCAUCAAUAUUUUAAUCAAAAACAUUUUUUACAUAUACAAUGAUCAUUUCUUGUGUCUGUGUGCAUUACGUGUUUACUUUUUCUUUUUACUAGUAUAUGCAUUUUGAUUUUUAACCAUAUUAACAUACUAAUUUAAAAUAAAUGUUGUGUCGUUUACAGCUGCGUUUUUAAUAUGUUUCACUUUCGGCAGUAAGCGAUUGGUACGUAAUUGAUGCGAAUCUAUUGAAGUAUUACAGUACAUCGACAGCGAGCACCA